AUGCUCGGUGACGGAUGGGCUGAACAUCUCGAUCCGUCUGAAGUUGCGUCAGCAGAAUAUUCGAGUGACAUUUCGCCUAUUAUCCUGGCAGCUCAACUGAAUCAGUUCGAGAUUCUUCAAAUGUUGCUCAGAAAGGAUGCACGAAUCGAACGACCACAUCGGUACUCCUGCAUUUGUGAAACGUGCGAUCGUGAACGACUGAACGACUCGCUACAGUACUCUCCUGAAGCGGAUCAAUACCUAUCGGGCACUUGCCAGUCCGGCUUGGAUGACCCCGAUCCCAUCCUUUCCGCAUUCAAACUUAGCUGGGAGCUACAACAUCUAUCAGCAGUGGAACACGAGUUCAAAGAGACGUAUCUUCAGCUUGCUGAACAAUGCAAGCAAUUCGCAUGUGAUCUUAUCAGUCAGCGCCGGAGUAGUGCGAAAGGAGUACUGAAUAAGGAUUACAACACUCACGAUGAAAAUGUCGACGUAUGGGCGUCGAAGCUUAGUUUAUCGCGUCUGAAGUUAUGCAUUCAAAGUACGAGCAGCAAGCGUGAGUUGUCUUCGUCUCCCAUCCACAUUGUCAGCAAUUGCUCACUUCAAUUUGGUAUGAGGGUUUCCCGGGACGGCAACAACGUGGCUCUGCUUGGAAUAUCAUCGUCUGUAUAG